GGUAACCCCCCGUGUGAGAAACACGCGAAGGCGGAGGCUCAUCUCUCGCGAGGAACGACGCCGUUAUCGGAAUCUCUACAAACAACACGAGAAUUCAUCAUUCACAUGGUAAUAUAACCCCAAUCUUACACGGUACAUGUGUAGUGUGCCAGCGAGGAGAGGAAACAGGCGACUCAAAAUCAAUUUCAACAGUUAUUUCUUCCCACAGUUUACGGUGUUGGAAUUACGUUUCGGCGGCCUUUAGGCCCAACUAGCAUGCUAACCACAACGCUAGCUUUAAUAGCGACUCGUUUUCAAUGCUGUAGCUUUAACGUUAGCGCGCAAAUCGGAUUGGGACGUACCUGCUAUCGUUAGCCUCUGUCUGCGUUUCUCUUAAGCCGUAUAAAGAUACGCUUGCGUGAAGCCACAUAUACUGAGUUCACGAUUCAAGUGUGACUUUCAUGUAACAAAUAAGUUUGCCAAUUUUGCCUGAAUUUCAAGCCGAGACUCCCGCCUUGUUAGCAUAGCGUUAGCUAACCGUUCAACCGGGGGAUACCGUACCAUGGAAAUCCUACCAAAAUAACCGAUACUGUGUAUGUUAUCCAUAGUGUUGUAAAUUUUAGAAGAAGAUACUGCAAACUGCGAGGUUAUCAUUACCAGGCUGACUAGAGGCCAUAUGUAUUUGCAGUUUAAAACCAGUUUCAGUUUUUCAUAGUCAUGAUUAGUGUUAGCACGACGUCGCCUGUCCACAUUUUGACUGAAAUUUGAUCAUUUUCAAGGAACAAGAAAAGAAUUGCCUCAUUGUUUUGAGUGUUCCAGCUCAAUGUCUCAUUCGCAGGAGUUUCUUGUGUUUGUAAUAUGCACACUCACCAUAACAAAGUCAUAGUACCCAAUGGGGCCCGUUCAGAUGAAUUCUAAGCAUUGACAACACAAUAUUCGUGAUAUAACUCACCAGUACCCCCCUCCCCAUAAAGUUAUUAUGCAAUAUCCCCUCUCCUCUUUACUUCCAUGCUUCCAAUUCUUCAUAUGAUAAUUCAGCACACAAAAGCAACUGCAAGGUUUUGUCCAAGUUUCAAUUUCAUACACUGAGCUCUGUGUUAGUAACUUGCAUGAAGUAGCUUGAAAACUAGUCAUGGACAGGUGAUGCUAAACAGAGAGCCAGCACAAGUAUAAUGCCAUGUAAUAGUACAGGUAUGGUUUAAUAUGAAAUAAAGUUUACAAGGAUGAAUCUGAAGAGAUGUAUUCAAACAGGUGAAUGACUAAUAAUUUGACUCCCAUAGAGCAGCAUACACAACCAAAACACAAGAUAGAUUUAAAUAAGUAAAACUGUGAGAGACAGAUGGUCAGAGCACAGGCAGACAUGAAAUAUGUUGGCUGAGUAGUUUCUGUAUAAAACGCACCUAAUGGGUGGUUUCUGAGGUAGAGAUCUCCCAAAAAGGUUUUAAAAAAUCACAUUACUUCACGUUUUCAAAUAGAGAGGGGCUAUUACUGAUGUGAUAUACAGUGGAGUGAGGUUUUUACCAUUUGUCUCAGAAUGGGAGAAAAAGCAUCAGAAAGUGUCUUAACAUCAAAUAGUUCAUCUGCUUGAUCUGGUAAAUAAAGUAUGUGAAAUCCAAGUUUUUUAGUAAUCGUAAAAGUUGAACCCUUUAAAUUGUUUUUCAAGACUGAGUAGUUUGGAGAAUGGUUUGCAUGACCACUGAUUAGUUAGUUCUGCAACUACUUUCUCCCAAAUCCUGUGCAGCCCAAGAAGCACAUCAUUAAUGAUAUAAUGUUAACAAUGUGUUAAAAAUACUACUGUGUUGACACCUGCAUUUCAGUCAUCAGGUCAAUACACAGUGGCUGUGUUUGUGUAUGUUGAGUUGGUAGAAAAUAGAUUUCAGGUCUAAAAAUGCGCUGAAGGAAGUUGCUGUUGGACAAAUAAGUCAUAUUGUGCAUCCUUUCAAGAUACCCGCUUCAUAGCAGCAUGUUGAGAACUGUAUUACUUCGCUUAUCAACUUUCACUAAUGUCCUGUUUCAGUUGUGAACAAUGUCUGAGCAAGACUUGGAUGAAAUUGUGCAGAUAACAGUUGAGGACUUUAACCAGGAUGACCAUACAGGUAAGACUUCUCUGUUAGAAUACUGUGCUUUUUUAUUUUUCUGUUUGUUCCUUUCUUCUCUCAAAGUUCUGGACUUUUUUGACCAUAUAUGAUCAGACUAAUGCUAGGACCCUUUUAUGGAUUCUUAUAUUGAAGCAGGGCCCCUAUUCUGAUUAUUUGGUGUAAAUCUUACGAGUUUGUAUCAAUGACUUUCUUUGACUGUUUUCUUGUAUUUGUUUUUUUGUCAGAAAUGUUAGACAAUCACGAAGAAGAUGAUGACAAGCCUCAAAAGAAAAAGAGGAAAUUAAGCACCAGCCAGGAAAGUAACAACAGUAACCAAGACAUAAUAUUGAUUAAGGUACAUGCUCUGUUAAAUACUCAACAAAAGCUGAACUAUAAUCAGAGACUAAUACGUUAUUGAUUCUCAAGGGGAGAUAAAAAUCACAUCUUAUUAUUUUUGUCUUUAGAACAUGUUGGUCUCGUUCACUACAUCCAUCACUCAGCGCCUAGAGGGAAUUGAGUCCAAGUUACAGGCUCUGGAUGCAACGUGCAAAGCCCUUGGACGGAAACUGGACAGCAUGAUGCCUAGUGCAAAGAGUCCUAUCCAGGUCCCUAUGGUUGCGGGGUCUCCUCAGGGGGCCACUCAGACUUGGAACAAAGUGCGAUGGUAAGUGAUUGCAUGCCAGCAUCCAUUUCUCCACUCCUCAUUUGCAGUUACUUUGAGGUUUGGAGUUUCAAAAAACAGAUAAAUUAAUCUUAGGCCGAACUAGAUACAGUCUUAUCUAGGAUUUAGAAAAAAAGCAUUCACUAACCCAAACUCUUAUUGCAGGGGCCAAUUUCUUAGACAUAUCUAAGACUGGCUAAAAAUAUGAAACAUGCUUGGAAACUGAUGUGUCUUACUUUUCUCACAGUGUUGUUCCACAGACAAAUGUAAUAGUGAGCAGUGAACACCCAAAAGGCACAAGCCAAGAAGACACCCCACUGGAGAAUCUGCUCAGCAAGUGAGUGUCUCAUAUUUACACUAUCGCAAUCAAAAGAGCUUCCCAACACUGCGACUUAAGUGACUUGUGUUUUUGAUGGAAAAUAGUGUGCAAAUGUAAAUUCUGCAAGUUCUUAUUUGAAGAAAAGAGGGCCACAUAAAAUCUGAAUUGUCAAUGCAAUGAAACCGCAGCCAUCGUGUGUGGGUAUGUUGAAUUUGCUGGAAACCUCUCUCUUUUUCAUUAAAGCACGGUUGCCAGGAAGCGGCAGAACACAAUCUUGGUAAAGGUUCCUGGUCACGAAGAGAGCCAGGAAGAUCAAGACAGUGGCUCAGAGGCUAGUGACUCUGUUUCCAAUGGUGGAAGUUCCAGCAACACACCAAAUGUCACACUCAUCACACUGAAUUCUGAAGGUAAGAUGCCUCAUUGCAGGUAUGAAAAGAAACAUGAAUGUUAUCUUUGAUGUUUUCUCAUGUUAUCAGCGGAUGGAGCAACACUUUCAAAGUAGCUUGUUCAAUUAAAAAGCCCAAUCAUUUUUCAUUUCAGCGCCAGCGGGGUCAAGUUGCCCAUCUCCCCUGUCACUUAACACCAAAUAAGAUGUGCAACAAAGUGUUUUAUAUCAAUUUUGAAUGUUGUGCUCAUAAGUGUUGCUGGGUUCGUGAUCCUUUAAUUAGUUUGGGCCUCCAGCUGAUACAAAUCUUCAAAGUUUUUCUCUCAUCCACACACUGAUUUGAUAAGUGGAUGAACUGAGUCACAGACUUCCCUGUGGACAUUUUCAACAUUUGGUUUGGUUAUAUUGGCGAACAUUCCCCCUUCAUAUGGCCUCCACAUUGGAUGGAAAGCGAACUGUGGUGGUGUGUUGCGGUCAUAUCCGUUUGGUUUUGCCUCAGGCUGUAUUGCCUGGUAUUGUCAUUGUUUUUCUUCUUAUUUAUCGGACAGAUAUUUACUAGUUUCUUAUUCUUUUAACUUAUAUUAAGGCCACAUUGUGAAUUGUGCUAAAUUUUAGUCGAUAAUUUUCAUUGGGCAGCUCUUAUUUAUCUUCAAAGACACACGAUUAUUUAUUUAUUAGCAGCUGUGGGUUACCAUGAUAAAACGUUAGUCAGCAUGAGCUGGAUGGUAUUAUGUGGCGUUCUGAGCAUUGUUUUCCAUUCUCUCUGUCUGUUUGUUUGUGUGGUUAACACAACAUCUGACAUACGCUGCAAGAAAACGGCCAAACCACAUAUUCUGCUGUAGGGGGAAAAAAUACCCAGCUAUUAUCUACUUCUCCUAAAUCACCACAUGGUGGUGCUGUUGUAUAAUAUGAAGUUACCCUGUAUAUUGAUUCACUUAUUUUUGUAAGCCAGGAUGCAGUUUUUCUUUCUGCUGUUGCCUUAAAACAAAGUGUUUUACCACAUGACCUGUUUGCUGAAGAAGAGUUUUUUUGGGGGUAAUCAUGCUCUCUUCUGUUUCCUCUAGAGGAUUACCCAGCAGGCACGUGGCUGGGAGAUGAAAGCAACCCAGAGAUGCGAGUCCGUUCCCCAGUAUCUCCAGCUGAAAUGAUCCACAUUGCCUCAAAUUGCCGCACUCCAGAAAAAAUGGCCCUGACUCUAUUGGACUACUUGUUCCACCGGGAAGUUCAGGCCAUGUCAAACCUCUCAGGCCAGGGCAAACACGGCAAGAAGCAGCUGGACCCGCUCAUGAUCUACGGCAUUCGCUGUGAGUCCACCACACCUUUGAACCUGCCAGCUUGUAAUACCUUCAUCAACUUAACAGUCCAUUUGAAACUUCCACUUCAAUUUAAAAAAUAGUUUAUUUUAUGAUUACUACAUGAUUGUUGCACAGUUAGAAUUAAUGAAUUUCACUCAGCCAUGGCUCCAUCCGUGUCCCUUUCAGCUAUAAAUGAACUCUCUGAGACCUUCCAACAUUUCAUCCCUGUUUCAUUACAAAGCAUCGUCAAAUUGAACACAGAAAUAGACUGCAGUCUGUAUUCCCAAGGCUGGGUUACAACAACAUGCAUUCAUCAUUACACACAGGCAUAAAUGUGCAACACAUUUUACAACAUACCAGACUCUAAAUGACAAGCACGUGUCUGCUACAAAGACCCUAAUGGAGUCCUCCAUACAGUGAACUCUUUGAUUUCAGAUUAAGUAGAGUCAGGUUUAUGAUGGUAGACAGAUGAUAUUCAUGAAAGCUCUAUAAAGUUAGUAAAUAUAGCUCAUAUUACAGCAUAAGGAAAGGUUGUUCUCGCUGUUGGUUUUCCUUUGUAAGUGCAGCUGGUGCCCCCUGCUGGAGGUUUUACUCCUUGUUCCUCCAUGGCGUUUGUGUACUUGGUUACCUGUAUUUCCUCUGAGCGAUGUGGGUGUGUGCGCUUACAUGCAGAUUUGCCCUGACACAGAGGUAUGCAGAAGCUGGAGCAGGGCCAGGUGACUUUUGGAUGACUCAUUCUGCCUUUCCAAAAAAAUAAAAGAGACAGGCAAGGAAUGAAGGAGCAACUACUCUGCCUGCCUGUACAGGACCCAUCAGGUGUAAAAAAAAAAAAAAAAAUCUGCUGUACGCUGCCAUCCUUAGAUAUCCCUUAGCUGUCUCCCUGUCUCAUUUUCUGUCCUGAGGCUGGAGCUGCAUUUUUUAAUUUAUGUAUAAAUGAGCUGUCAAGUUGCUCACGCCCUUCAACAGUUCAUUUCAGCAAGGUAGACAGGAACUAAAUACAGCUGCAUCCAGUCUCACGUGUGCCAAUCUCAACAGAGGGAUAAUCUCACCCAGCCAUAAACCUGUGUUUACACUGGAUGUGAAAGGAUAUAGGGUUGAAAUUAACAUAAUCUGGACAGUUGUUUGCUUUAGUGUAUAUGGAUUGCAGAAUAAACAGCUAAUCUCUAUUUUCACUUUAUUUGUUACAAAACUAGUUUCGCCCUCUUCCAAUUAUCUGUUUUUCUGAGGCUGUUUGAGGGCUUUAGGGAUGUUUGUACGCUGACAGUGUCAGGAUUUUAGGAUUAAGAGUAAAUACUGAAAAGCCUACAACUAUUUAUGUUUUUGCGGCAAAGACAUAAGCUGAAAAUUAAAAACGUGACAAAAUUUCACCAAACAAAUGUGAACAGGACAUUGUCAGCGAGUGACACUCUGGCUGGGGAGUUAUUGUGGCUGUAGUUUAAUUUUUCAGCCAAUCUUUGCUUCUCUCUCCACUUCUCUCACCAGCUUUCUUCACAAAAUGUAAAAUUUUUUGCUUAGUUUUGGACGCCAUUGAAAUUAAACAUUGUACAAAAAUGAAAGCAGAGAACAUUUCUAGGAGGAAAAGACAUGUUUAUACAUUACAAAAUAGAACAACUUAAGACUCAUAGAUUUGGAGAAAUGAUGAACCCAUUCAACACUAUUUGAUGUUUUUAUCUAGUAUAUGAUGACCUUUGCCCUCUCUGUUUCCUCACAGGCCACCUGUUCCAUAAAUUUGGCAUCAGCGAGUCAGACUGGUACCGCAUCAAGCAAAGCAUCGACUCCAAGUGUCGCACUGCCUGGAGACGUAAACAGCGGGGGCAGAGUCUAGCUGUCAAGAGUUUUUCCAAACGAAUACCUCGCUGUUCAUCUUCAGGUAAAGUUCAGUUGAUAGUCUGGCCCCACAGAACAACAUGUAUUUGUCUGCAUUGUUGGAGUGUUGCAGACAAGAGGGCAAAUACUAACUUGCUUUAAAAAUACAUCACCAUAAAAUAAGCAAGUUUUUGACUGGAUGACAUUUUAGAAGCAAAUCCCACUCAUCUAUCAAAGCUUGUAAAAAUGUGUGUGUGAGUGGAUUUUAAACACCUCUGAACCUUCUGUGAAAUACUUUGUUAGUGAGUACUCUAGAUUCAGCACUUUACCCUUCUCCACUCUCACAAGAGUCAUGAGCCGAUAACGUUGCUAUGCUCCUUCAUCUGUUUUCCAGUCAAACAAAGUGAACAGUCAUGAGAAUCAAGAGAAAUCCACUGAGGGAAGAGAGGGGGAAGAUUUACCAGUUCGUUUUUCUAUCAUGAGCUAGAAUUUAGUCCGCCUCCUAAACGUGAAUUGUGCCCUAGUUGUAUCUGUAAGAAACAUGAAAAAGUAACAAAAGAAAACUGCGUCAAAGGGAGUUGAAUUUAAACCCCUCUUGUGUCACCCUUUGUCUGCUCAGCUGUGAUGCUCUGCAGACAGAGUGUAGAGUAUUUUUAAGUCGAGAAUCAAAGCACAGCCUGAAUGAUGACACCAUUUCUCUAGAUCUGCUGAUACUGGUGUAUCAGACUAUUUGCUCAGAUUACAUCAGGAGUCGAUGUUUGCAUUGUCAAGCAGCAUAUAUAACAAUUCCAUUGAAGUGUUUAUCAGUGGCCAAAAAUGCUGUUACUGAUGUACAGUAUCAGUAUAUGUGUGUAUCAGCCGUAUUUUUCUACAUAUUGGUCAGCUGCUUUGCACAAACAAAGACAAAUGAUUUUAGAUUCUCCUUUGACCUUUCACACUUGAACAGUCAGACAUGUCUUAUAUCAUGUGCUGCAUAAAACAAGUUAUUCCAAGACCCGAACCCAAAUGCAGAUCCAGAUACAGUGUGAUUUGCUGCAGAUGGUUGUAAUCUGCACACAAUGCCUGCUGUCCUUCCCUCCCUGUGAGCCAUCACCUCUCACCUCUGACCAGGGAAAAGUUAAACUGUGGGGGAAACCCAAAUAUCCUGUGUGCACACACGAGGGGUGGUUUGUCAGGCCAUGCCUUUUUAGGCCACACACACCCAAGAGUGUACAACACAAAUACAUGUUCAGAUGGUCCCUGCACAAGCAUGCAAAGACUCACGCCAAACAAUCAUUCCUUCCUUAAUCAGAUUACAUGUUAAAUGGGCUGGAAAGUGGCACUUCUUCUGCUUUUAAAAGCAUUAUUUAUCAGUGAAGCAGCAAGUAGAGCCCCAACCAAAACUGUAGCUCUCCUAAGCCACUAGUCUCUUGCUCUUUCAUUAUGCAAACAAAGGUGGUAUUAGACCUGAAAGUAUGUAAAGGUUGGGGCAAGAAGACAUAACACAAAGCAGAAGUUUGAGGGGUUUGUGAUCGGUUGAAAAUGUGUAAAGGUUUGGUUAGAAGCUAUUGUGAGAUUAAUAAAGAAUUGUAAAACUAACACCUCGGCUGCAAACCAAUGCAGAUGUUUUGCCUUUGUUGAUUUGAACCUUGUUUUUGAAGAACCAUGCACAUCACUUCAGAUAAAAGCAAACGUAAAUACACUGUGAAGUUAGCUGAACAGCUACUUUUCAUCUGCAGUCUCUUUGAUGGAAGUUGUUUGGCAUCCUAGAAUAAUAGGAAUGUUACAGUGGUUAAAAAAAGACCCACUUCAGUGUGUGAAAAGGCAAAAAAAAGAAAGAAGGAAAAUCAAGAUUGCUUGUAUGAUUGCUAGUGUUUUGACUGAAGCCUGGAGUUUGUGUUUGUCUGCAAGACCACAAGUGUGUUUGGAUGGCAAACUGAAGAGACCUUGUUGUGUAUUUAGGCAUUUGAUAAAGUAUAAACACAGCAUCAUUCAGCAGAUGGCCUGGGAAUUAGCCAGGUUUCCUUCUUUCCUUUUUUUUCCAACAUGAGGUUGCUGAGGCUCCUUACAUGAUCACGUGUGCAUAUGUACUGGUUUGUGUAUCUCUAAUUUAGAGACUUGACGAGUGCUGGAAUCAUUUGCACUGUAUCCCUGACCUACUUCCACUGUGCACACAAACACAUUAAUGACCGGUCUUCUUGUCCUCCUUACCAGAGGGAGGCCUAUCAGAGGAAACAGCCCACAUUGAGACCCCCACCCAGCAGACUUUGCACUACACGCUCGCCAACCAGCAGGUCCAGUUUCACCGUAUUGGCGAGGAUGGACAAGUUCAGGUGGUGAGUGCCAGUUGUUCAAUCGUUCUGUGAUUCUGUAGAAAGCUUUUUCAUUGACAGGAUCAUAAUAUUCUCUAACAGAAUGUGUCUUUAUCACCCCUCUAUGCCUUCUCUGUUACUCCAAAAUGAUGGAUCACAGGACAGCUUCCCAAACGUGAGGCCAAACCAUUAUAGGACGUAAACUCAACUCCCUUUUGUGUUCAUAGAUGGACUACAGAUCAAACUUUUAACAAAUAAACUGUUGAAUCGGUUGUUAUCUAAGAGUCAGCAAAGAGCUGGAACAGAGAGGGACAUAAUGAUGUGACUGUCUGCCUUAAACUUACACUAAAAGCUGUGAGGCUGUUUGCUCUGACCCGAGGGAUCUUCAUCACUUCAUUAUCAAACAAAUGAGUGUUUUGGUUAGUGGAAGGGGUGGAGUGUCAGUGCUGUGGCUUCACCAGGGAACCUCGACAGCACAGACUCUGGCCUUAGAAUGAUGUCAUUAGAGCAUCAGUCAGUGUCUGUUGUGGUGUUUAUUUUCAUCCUUACUGGAGGCGCAUCAAUCAUUUUAAUGAGCAGUCAGUAUUUGGGACAAAAACGGGUCGUUGUCCAGCUGUUGCUGAGGUAGACGAAGGAUCUCUCAUAAUUGUUUCUGUGCUUUGAAACUGGGAAAACAGCAAGGUGUUAUUUCAAAGUAAAUCACAGACUUUAACUAACUGAGAGGAGCUGCUGUGAACAUACUGCACAUUCUAUUCAGUCUGCUAAUGACAGAAACACACAGACUGUGUGUGAAUGAAUGGUUUUCAUGAGGAAAAUAAGUUGGAUUCUUUCAGCAGGGCCACCAUUGCUUGAAAAUGAGUUGCAACACAAGUGUAAACAAUUUAAAUGUGUGAUUGUAAUUAUAACACAUGAUUUGAUUAUACUAAGAGAGCAUUAGAGAAGUAAUUUCCAUUCUGCUGGGAGGUACACCCACUUAUGUAAUGACAGUGCUUCAAGCUACCUCGUAAUUUACAAAGUGGAGUACUGCUGCUGUUAAUAGGUCCCUACAUGAUGCAUGGGCUUGGAGGUCCUCAUAAUAGGUGACUGGAAGGAGCCGGCAGAGAGGGCGGAGGGUGGACAUGCAGGAAGAAAAGUUAGGCAGAAGGUGGGGGAGUGGGAAAGACUGAUGAUUGUCAGCAGCUCGCUGUGCAGUUAUUACCCUCCCAACGCUCUGCAGGCUAUUAGAGGGUGCAGCUGAGCCUGAAAUUUAUGAGUGCUAAUACAGCGAAGGAAAUCAAGUAUAUGUGCUGGCUGUGGUUCAGUGCUGGAACCAGCAAUAGUUACUGAGCAAAUCUGGAUUGUUGUCUUGACUGAUUGAAUGUACCAUGCAAGGGCUGUUUGGUCAGUAACUCUUGCGCUAAAAUUGCCAAAAAUUGGAUCGCUCUAUGAUCGGUUAAAAACUGGGAAUUUAUUACAGAAAAAAAACCUUUUAAUAACAAAAUGGGAACCUGUGCAGACUUAAAUGUAAUUUUGUUAAGGUUUUAGAAAAACAUGCCUCAAAUCUUGGUUCUUUUAAAAAAUUCACAUCUGCCUGCUGCUGUCACACAUCCUUCAUCUGUAUCUCUCAGAUCCCGCAGGGUCAGCUGCACAUUGCUCAGGUGCCACAAGGAGAGGAGGUGCAGAUCACGCAGGAUAGUGAGGCAAGUCAGUGUGUGUGUGUUUGUGUGUGUGUAUAUGUGUGUUGGUGUACACAAGAGAGGAAAGCACCGCUCCUUUUCUUGAGUCAUUCUUCUUGGUGGAUUGAAUUUCUCAGCAAACAUGUCAGUCAGGAGAAUUAGUCUCCAAACAAGAAUAUAACUGUUACAGUGAACUUGUGCUGGAGGGAGAAGUGGUUUGCUGGGAAGGAUAACAAAUACCUUACUGUGGGAACUCCAGUUUAUUUCAUUGGAAGUCUAGUUUGCAAUUCGGUAAACUUCUUGCAAGCUUGAAAAGAAAUGUUACAUUUAGGAAAACCAUCAUUCUGUCUCCUGUCUUCACCUAUUUCACUAUGAUUGAUAAAAAGACACAAUCCAAUGAUUCCUUUUUCAGAGACUAGGAAAUAAACUGCAUCUAAAGAGGUAACAGAAGAGGCUUUUCACAGAGCAAAUCAGAAUCUCUCAUCUGUCAAAUAAAUCUGAUCAGCAUCUUUAAACAUUUAUGUGUCCUUUGAGCUCUGUAUGUUUGUGUUGGUCCACGCAAAAAGUCAUCCCAGCGGAGCUUAACACACCCAAGUGAUACCUGACAACAUUUAAGCUAUUAGUGAAUAUAAGCAAAAGCAGAUGUUACGUGAUGAGCCUCGCUCUGUUUAUUUGUCCGCCUGCUUAUGCAUUGGCUUACGACUUGUGUUUCCACAUAAUGCCCAGAUGUCUUAUGUCCCUGAGCAGACAUGCACACGCAGCCUUGGCUUGCCAGCUGAAAUCAAAAUAUGACUUUGCACCACACCGACUGCUGAAAAGAAAAGAAAUUUCCGCAUUUAUAUAACUGAUUUCUGGAGGACGUCAGUCUGUGUACAAAUGGACACGUUUAAUCACAUACUGUAAAUGAUAUGUUAAGAUAAGAUGUUCCUUUAAUAGUCCCACAGGGGGAAAUUCCAAAUUUAAAGCACCAUAGUACAGACACGAAAAGAGAAAAUAAAGAAUAAAGAAACCUUGAGUUAAGUUAAGAAAACGAUGUGUACAUGUUCAACACAAACAUGACAUUAAUGCUAAAAUCAGUUGACACCUAAACCGACUGUUUUUCUCGUUUACCUAUUCAGCUGCACUUAACAGCACUCAGAAGAAGUAGUGCACGAUUGAGUGAGAGAGACAGAAUGAACUGGAGGCAGAAAAGCUUUAAAGCCUUUCCUGCUCUUUGUGGCCGAGCCCAGAUUUUCUUCUCCUCUCUCCUUCUUAUUCCUUGAUAUUGUUUGUUUUUUGGGGUUCAAAGCUUAGCAACAAAAUCCCAAAUCUCUCAACUGCCACUCAUGGAAUAUGUUUUCAUUAGGAAAGGGCCCCUUUCUUCAAAGACAUUGGUUUUUGCGUGCAUGAAAAGGAAAUGAGCUGUUUGAGAGAUUACACUGCUCUCUGGCCAUAUGGCAGCCCAGACACGGCUUGAUAUAUACAUGAAAUAAAAUUAGCAAGAGAACACAGCUGAAACUUAGGUUCGGCUAAAUACAGCUUGAAUGAUGUCCUCUCUCUUUUGUGGUCUUGUUAACAUCACUGUGGGUGUUCAGAUACUUUAUGAUGGUCAUUUUAUCAUGAUGAGACAGCGAUUAGGCCUGAUCCCGCCUGCAUGAGUUUCUGUUUUUGUUUACAGCAGCAUCAGUGUUGCCAGAAAUGACAGAAAGGCUGACAUAAAUACAAAGACAGUGCAUCCGAUUGCACUGUAAUGUAAUCGUGUACAAAUACUUCUCUGCCAAACCCCACAUGUUCAGAAUCCUCCGUAAACACUUUUGACAGAGAGAUAUCUGCACUGUCUCUGUGCGGGUGUUGGCUUGAAUCACAUUGUGGCAAUCCAGACCCCAUCAAAGAAAGAUGUAAAAUAAAUCCUUAUGGUGUCUUAAUGCUGGUUGAAAUAGAUACAAAGCUGUGUGUAUAUAAUACAGAAUCAGGAGACUGACGUGCCAUUUCACUCCUCUAUUUCAGGGAAACCUUCAGAUCCACCAGGUGCACGUUGGUCAGGACGGACAGGUAAGAAUGCAGUCUCAGUAAAUGGAUAAGUAGUUGUACUGCACAAGUUAAUUCAUGCAGAAGAUAAUAAAACACAUUUAACAACAAAUGUUGAUUAAAAAAAACAACAUUUGAUGAUUUUCAAAUCAUCUUAAUCCUAAAUUUAAUUGAAAUAAUGCAACAGAAGCACAUCAAAUGUUGGAACUGAAAAAUGUCCAAAUGUCAUGAUAUCACUAAAGGAUGCAAGAAUCUGGAGAAAUGCCUGUACAAAAGGGAAAAGGCUAAAAAGGCCUUAAUGCAGCACUGCAUUGAAAUUAGAUAUAACUCUACAGUGGAAACCACAGCAUGGGCUCUAAAAAGCUUUUUUUUGUUGCAUCCACAAAUGCUAGUUGGAACUGUAUCAUGUAAAACGAAACCAAAUAUAAACAUGAUCCAAGCAUGCCGGCAACUUCUUCAGACCUGAGCCCUUUUAAAUGGACUGAAGCAAAGUGGAAAACCUUCCUGUGGUGUGACUAUUCAAGGAGGGGAAGGACCACCUGGUAGGGGUACAGUUCAAAAGCCAGCAUUCCUGAUGGUACUGGGAUGUACAAGAACCGAUGGCAUGGUCAGUUUACACAUCUGGAAAGGCUCCAUCAUUAUUUACAGGCGUUGGAGCAACAUGUGCUGUCAUCCAGACGAUUCCUCUUUGAGGGAAGAGCUUGCAUAAUAAAGCAGGAAGAUCCCAAAUAAUAUUUUGUUUGGUGCUCUGUAGUAGAAAUCAAGACAUUUUGUUCAAACAAUAGGUGAUUGAACACAAUAGCAAACAGGAACCUCUCCCAACUUUACUUAAAAUGUGUUGCUGGCAUCAAAUUUGAAAAUGUGCUGAUAUUUUUCAUGACACAGUAAAACAUUUUUCAGUUUCAACAUCUUUUGUCUUUACACUAUUUUUCAUGAACUAUUGGCUUUAAGGUUAUUGCAAAAAAUCAAAUUCUGUUUCUAUUUAAAUUUCACACAGUGUCCCAACUCUGAUGGUAUUGGGGUUGUAUUUGCAUCACUUCUUGCAAACUCUGAAUUAGGGAUGAGCAUUUUAAGACAGUCCCUUGAUUGAUUUAUCAUAUAAAUUAAUGAUCAAUCAUCGCUUUGAUUUUUUUUUUAUGCAAAUGGCUAAAAAAGCACCAAAAACGUAUUUUUAUAAGUAUUAUUCUCAUUGUUUUCUAACAAAUCUAUCUAAUCUUACAAAAAGUCAGCUUUUGUCACAAUCAGAUUUUUCACAAAGGACUCUUAUGUCCAGUGGGUCUUUCACUUAUUUUGUGGGAAGAACACAACAAAAGUUGUUUGUUACAAAGGAGAUAAAGGAACGCCUGUGGGUCAAUUUCAUGUUUUCACUUAAUCUUAGGGAAAAAAAAAGAUAAAACUUGAAAUACUCAACUGCCAUUCCCAAAGGCACCCUUAAAUAUGAAAACUGGACUGCUUUUGUCAUAAGGUCAGUGUGAACUCUGUGACUGUCCAAGUUUCUUCAGCUGAGGGAGGCCGCGAUCACACACUGCAAAGACAGGCUGUUUGAAAGAGAUUACAGAAGAUUUACUGUCUGAUAGAGCAAAAAAUCCAACUUUGCAGGUGUCCUGUUGAGUCUUUGUCUAAACAAUAAGAAGUUAUAUUUACGUUCAACCUCACUCAGCAAAACAUACUGCGUGUAUCCUCGAGCUUGAACAUGUGUGUUGAAUUAUUUCUCAAUGCUCGCACUCUCUUGUAACGCGUAUACAAAACAGGUUUUCAAGGAAUUUAAAUAACCCAACAUUGAGUCAUGUCAUGUGUCAUUUAUGGCUUGUACAAAGGAAAUAGUGCUGUGCAGUACAAAAACCUUCAAUGUGAGAGUAGAAAAGCAUCUAGUACUUCCUGUUGUUUUGUGUAACAGUAUAUCCCCGUUGUUUCAUUCUUUGCUUGUGUAGAAGAUACUUGUGUUUUCCUGCACAAAAGCAAGCAAGAAAUAAAAAUGAGCAAAAAGGCAACACUGACAGACAUUUAAGGUUAACAUGACUCCCAAACAAAGGAGGGACUUGAACUACCAUGAAGACCUGCUUUGACCCUUUACUUUAGCUAGGUUUUUGCAAGUUGACACCAACCAUGCAAUGUAGAUUUUUAACCAACAUGAUAAUCUAACAUACAGCUGGGUGACAAACUUAUUAAAAACAUCCACCAGCUGAAAUGUAAAAAUGUAAUGACCAAUGUAAAACAGAUGUAAAACUCAUGCAUGGACUCACAUGUGCAGAAGUGGACCUAAAUGUGUCCACUCAGUGUCCACGUCUGUUUAUCCUCCUACUUCCUCCAUCUCUCAGUCUUGGAUGUUUUGAAUCGAAAGCCCUUCCUGUUUCUCCUGUCUUUCCUUUGAGAUCCAAGUGAGCCUAGAUCAAAGCAAAGCCAGCACGUGUCCGAUCAUAGAAGGCCACAUAUGGACGUCCAGAGACCAACGUAUAAUUACCACAUUCAUGAUUUCAUCGUGUUUGUCCAGCAGCAAGGCUUUAGGGCAGGAAGUUCUGUCUCUCACUGCUCGUCUGAUUUCUGAACUCUUCUGUCAUUGGGACAGGUGUUUUUAUGAAACAGCCAGUGGAGAUUUUUCCUCCUCCAAGUGACACACUGCACAUAUUCAUAUUCAGAAAAUCACACAUUGCACAAAAUACUCCACAUAACCUCAAAGAAAGCACAGACUCCUCCAGCACCAAAAAAUGCAGGGUUAUCACCUGAACAGCACAGCUUGUGUUGCAAAACAGUGCACCAUCAUCACUAUCCAAGGUGCAAAUUGGCAAUAGCAAAGCAGACCGGUACAUAACCUUGGCACAUUAGCUCCUGUUUCCUGAGCAGUUUUGAGGUGAAUGAGUGAAAAGUCAUUAUCACCUUGAGACUUUUGAAGUGUUGUAAAGUUCCCUCUUAUAGACCUAUAAACCGACAUCAAAGCGUCCAAAUUUAUGAACCUACCACUCAAACUGCACUCAUUGAAUCACUGCAGCCUUUUGUCAGUAGUACCUCAGACAACACGCCUUGACCAACACAGCCCCAAGUUUUUAAAGGCCCAGUAAAAUCGCUUGAAGACAUUGCUUCUUACUUCCAAGGUUUGUUGUAAAAAUAGUCAAAAAUGUAGUCUACAGCUAUAAAUUUCAACUCUCUGAGUUGUUAUUUGCCACUUUUUUGGCUUCGCUAUAUGCACUACUCUCAUAAUUUAUAAGUUUCUGGCACAAAACCUAAAAGUGAAAAGUAGAUUUUUCCAUCGACAUAACGCCAAUGAAGAGACUUUGGAGGAUUGAAAAUGUAAUGGAAGUAACAACCUAUUUCUUUACUCAGUAUAGGAGUGCCUGUCUUUGUCCCAGUGCAGUAAAUAGUGAUGGGAUCCCAGUGUCAUUGCUUUCGAAGAACCUUGAGUGCUAGGCUGUAGACUUAAGAUGCUCAUCACCCUUUGUUCAUCAAACACAUGUCAAAAUUCACAAUAAAGCCACCCACAGCCUGGAAGCGUGAACUUUAGGCUGCUCAGUCCUCCAUUUUAUGGCCUGAUUAAGACCGCAGUCAUCUCAUUUGCUCAUAUGUUCACGGCGCCAUCGGCUAUCUCUCUCCUCACAUUUAUAAUGUGUGAAUGCAUCUGCUUUGUAUGAGCUUUUUUUGUUGUUUGUAUUGUUUUAUGGGCUGUUUGGCUCUGUGCAUGUUUCCAAUUGAUUGAGGUAGUCACCACACAUCCUCAUGCUCCUUCUCUCACACACUCAUGAACACACUCUCAUGCUUGUGUCCUCAGAUGACCCACUCGCUAAGCCUGACUGCAGCAUUCCUCUUAGCCUCUUUCCAAGAUCUUGGAACAAGUUUCGGACAGCUUUUGGUUUAGAUUUUGCACCACAACACACACUUAAAACAUUUAUUCAAAGCAGAUUGCGGAGGUACUUUUGCAGGUUUCCCUGAUUUGUUUUGUCUGUAGGCUUUCUGUAAUUCCGUACACAAUAAUUGUGACUGUAUAGUGGGAUAUGUAUAGGCGCCGGUUGUGAGAAUCACACCAAAGUGCCCCAGGAUGCAACAACAAAGAGCUGCACAAAAGCCUCAAUUCUCUUGGCAGUGUCUGGGAGCCUCGUCCAAUAAAAAGCUCUUUUAUUUUCCCCUUUUUUUUCUUAGCUCAUGCUUUGUUUGGGUCUGUAAAAUGAUAUAAGUGUAGCGCCAAAACAAACACACAGUCACUUACUGUCCAACCAUCAUGUUGCAGGUCAAGCUUUUCACACACAUGCAGUUAUACUUGACUGUGGCAGCGACUCCUCUCUUUACUUGCAUGUUCUCAUAUCCUGGUGGAGCAGCAAGGUCAGCUCUUAAAUCUGAUGAAUCCCAGAAAGAACACAAAGACGCUCAUGGGGAAACCGAGCCCAAACAAGUAUGAUAUUAGCCACAGCAGCCAUUCAUAAGAUAAAUCAUUUUUCCCAGAUAUCCUUCCAUACAAAUGAAAUAUGAUGUCUUGAUCACGAUAAGUGUAAUGUAUCUUGGACAAGACUUGAGGAUCUUUGAACAAAGAUAAUACAGAUUAGAAGUUUUCCUGAUGUGUGCUUUCUAAAUGUGUAAUUUGUAUGUUUACAGAGAGACUUAAAUCAAAUAAGCUAUGCAUGAUGUCACUGUUUUUGUAAUCUGGCAGAAUAGCACUGAGGCUAUGUUAGUGUAGCCUAGCAUAUGCAAGUCAUCACGGAAGGGCUCCGAUUUUUCUUACCCUCGGGCUGCUUUUCUCGCCUCUAACCCUCACACGGUUUAGAUCCUCCCUGAGAUAUGUAGCCGUGCUUACACCUGUCUUUUAAAGACCACCUGCCUCAUCCAGUCACUCCAGGUCACUGUCAGAUGUUCAUACCCUUGAGGUGAAUCUUGGCUGCACUAAGAUCUAGUACUUUGGAAAAUGAUAAGUUGUCACACUCUAAGUGGCUCAGUUGGGAUCUCCUAAUUUAUGCACGUUAUGCCUUUUUUAUGCCCCCCUGCACAUGACUGUUUUUCCUAUUGAGGAAAUUCACCAUCAAAUACCAGAUUCUGCAAUGGCCUGACUCAUAUUUUCCAGUUUUCUGACUACAACCUGAAUGGAGCAAGCAUCACUCCUGUUGCCUUUUAGCAUCUGUCUGUGAGGAUUCUUGCCACGUUUCGGUGGUCCAAACAUACUGCAAGUGUUCUGCAGAUAUUUGUCGUCAGCAGUUUUUUCUCAUGAAUCCUAUUAGUGAGCGUAGAAUUAAAUCCAUGGCGUUGAACAUUUUUGGGCAGCAUUUAGCGUUGGGACCACAUUAUUAUGAAAACAACUGUGUUAACAAGCCUGAUUCCAAAACUGACUCAUCCAUGAUGUAAAAAUAUUCAUAAUUAAAAAGUAUCAUGAUGGGGUUAGUAGAUUACAGUCAGCACAUUUACAUGCACUCAAAAAAAUCAUUUUGUUGCAAUAGUGCGACUGGAACUGGAUUUUAAAAUGCAUGUUAACAUGUUAGUCUGACUAAAAUGGCACUAAACCAAACUUCUCAUAGUCUGACUAACAUACCUGGAUAAUGCUGGGGAUCAAUUUUGGGAUUGGGGAUUAUCUACAACAAUAGAAAUAGUUAUCAAUCAACCAGGAAUGUAACCAGUAAUUCUGGAGCUUUGCAGUGAAGGGUGAUGUUUGUACAUCCCUGAUCUGGAAACAGGGAUCACAACAGAAGCAGCUCCAAAAGGUGCAUUAUUCAGGUGAGAUGUGGGUGGUUGGGUUUUAGUUAAACAAGGUCGUCAACAUCAUCAGCAUUGCUUCAUGCAUCCACUCUAUUUAUUUACACUAAUUAAAUACUUCCUUUUGCCUCACCUGUUUUUGUAUCUGCGUUUACUUCCGCCUGUGCCAGCAUAGCCUGAUCAUGGCUCAGCUGUGCUAGCUGACAAUCUGAGCAAAAUCAGGCUUAUGUUCUCUCUGUGCUCGUAAAAACCCUGUUUUACGGACAGAUGAAAAAGCAGACCCAUGAAUCUAUGAAAUAACAAGUCUUUUACUGCACCCCCUGUCCGUCAGAGCCUCUUAUCUGGUGCCCUUCUCUCUGAGCUGUGAUCAUACCCAGCACUGAUGCAGACCAAAUGGAGAAGUGAAAGAUGAAAGGAGCGACUGAUGAGGAGGAGGGGAAAAAGGAAAAAAGCGAGAGCCAAAAAGGCAGACCGUCUGGAAAGGAGUUUUUUUUCCCCCGUUUAUGAUUCAAGACUGUGACCAUUUGAGCUGCGAAUUGUACAAAAACACGGCUAAACAAACAUAUUCAGCCAGGUGCCACAGAGAACAUUAAAAAGAAAAAAAACAUACCACUUGGUGAUUCUGUAACUCUCUUGUAAACCUAUGGCGUGACAGUGUGAAAAAUCCAGCCCGCCUCAAGAGGCAGCCAUUUACUUUUCAGAUUUACUGCUCUGUCAUCACCCUGCGUCAUUUACUCACCACGGACCUGAAUGCCGCCCAUCGGGGGCUUUAGAUGUGAUUGUCAAGAGCCUGAACUCAUUCCCCACCUCACUUUCUCACCCUACUUGAACCCCUGCCAUCUCUUUCUGUCAGCACAUGUUGCCGUGCAUCUGUUGCACUGUCCCAAGAUUCAUUAUUCACGGUCACUGUGAGAAGUGGGUCACAGAACACUGGUCCAUCUUGACUGGUCCCUCCAUCCGUGCUGCGAGGCCUUGUUAACACAGAACCCGCAAAAGUACAGGCUGUACAUUUUGUGGAAGAAUGAUGGGGGCAAUGCAAGGAAACAUGAGGGAAUAAAGUGAGGUCAUAAAGAAGAGAUGAAGAGGAAACAGAUGAAUUAAUGUAUUUCGACCUCAGCUCCUCCUCCUCCUCCUCCUCUGAACUUGUAAUGCACUUGAAGUGUCCUUGUUUAAGUUGUGUACGUCUGUGGGUUGUGCCAAAGUCAACAGACCCUUCAAUAAGGAUAUUCUGUUCUGGUACAGUAUCACAUGACUUGUCAUUUCUGUACACAAAGCAGAUGCCUAAACAAUGUGUAGGGUUGAUCUCACUGAAUCAGGGUGUGAUUUGUGCUGGAAUCAAACAGCUGGCUCGUGGCCCGAGUUUCUCAGUUGUCCUUUUUUUUUCUCUCUCUCCCUGCUCAAGAAUGUCGGUCCUCUUGUGUGUAAGGAGGUUGUUGAGAUUCCUGUGAUUCACGGUGCAAAAGGGGGGGUUGAAAGGAGAUGAAAAGAUACAAACAAGAUGUUUUAUGACUGAUGUUUGGUGUAAGUGGGAUGUACGUAAGCAUUGUAGGAUUUAGAGGGCUAGUGGUGGAUUGUGUUUCAAAGGAGUAGUGGUCUGCUUUGUGUCCUUGUGGCAUUUUGGCCUGGAGAUAAAGUGCAACAGAUCGGGGAAUCCUUAUUUUUGUCAGUGUGUGUGGAUGAGUGUGUUUGUUUAUUACUCAGCAUUUCAGAGCAGUGCAGAGGAGGGUACCCCCAGCAGUGUUUACUUUUGUCUUUGUGGGCAGAGCAAGAGGGAACAGAUGUAUUUGAUUUAUGUUGGUGUGACUCAACAUCAGCACAGGCCCUGUGCAGCCCUUCCUCAUCAGUCCCAGACAUACAGCGCUCUUCAUCCUUUGGUUUCAACAGCAUCCUGAUAGUGACAGUCAUGGCAUAAAUAUGUACAUCAACAUAGACUCUUGGUUUAUGUGAACCAAGCCAAUGUCGUAUUACUGUCGUCUAAACAUCUUCAUCGAAGUAUAUGACAAACAUUAGAGUCACAGUCUGAAUAAGCAUUUCUUGCUCAAACACUAUAGUCUGAUUACUGUCUGAUUUUUAUGCUGAUACAUGCAGCAAAUAAUGGAGUGAGAUGAAGUCAAGCUGUUGUGUGAGUGAAAAGGAAACUAAAGGGAUGACACAGUGUGGGAACAGCAAAAAGUUAGUUCAUGCUGGGAAUGAUAACAGAGUACGACACUUAGACCGCAUCUUUUUACCCACAACAAUAUACAGUUAGACUCUGCAUAAUAUACAGAAGACAAGGCACAACCACACUCAUUUCUUUUUCCUCUUUCUAUCCCCAGCUCCAGAACUGUACCCUGCUAUAAUUAAGAUACUUGUAGUCAAAACAGGCAGAUACUAGAGGCAUCUCUCCUGAGCGGCGUUUGCUGCUUGGCCACAACACUGCUUUUCUCAGCAGGCAUCACUGAUUAACCACCAGGCACUCUAUUAGCACAUGUUAUAUAGAAAAAUGAAAAGACAAAAGUUGCUUUAAAGUGGUUGUUAUUUGGAGCUGUGUCAAGUCCUCUGAACUCUUCAUGUUUUCUUUCUCUUUAACCAGAAGCAGCACACGAGCAGAUCUCUUCAAAAGCGAUUGUAUCUGUUAGAUAUGAUGCCUCAAUGAGUUUAAAUCCAGUGUUCAGCUCGCUGAUAAAAACUGACAGGUGACUUUAGACUUGAAGGAGAACAGUUGGAUGGUUUUUCUACAGCUUGUCAGAAGUUCAUUAAGGUUCAGGGCCCUCUAAGUCCUCUCUGGGAGAGUUUGUUUGAAGGUUCAGUGUUAGCUUAUGUGGAUAUGUCAAGUCUUCAAACCUUAUUUCCAAAGCAUUCUUCUUUGUGUUGAAUAUUUAAAGCAGUGCCAGAGCUGAAAAAGGAUUGAGACGAAUCAAUCAUUGUCAGUUUUGCUAAAAGAACAUCAUGUGAUCUAAAGAGCGGGACAUGCAUUCAUCAAUAUGUACUUCUCUAUUUCUGACUCUGAGAAAAUAGUGUGUAAUGACAAGAUUUUGUGAUGUGUGGUAUUUUGUUAGUUGAGUUUUACAACCUGUGUAUAUCACGUCCUCUGGCUCCUUUUGAAUAUAGCCGGAUAAUUGAAAACAUGAUAUAGCCAUCAUCUUAAAUCAUGAAAUUUACAGGCUCCGUAAAACUGCCUAUGUUGAUUAGGGAGGCCAAGUUUGGAUUGCUCUGGAGAGAACAGAAAGAACCUUCAGUUGAAUUUUCUCCCAUUUUGUUUUUAAGGGGCCCUGACUUUUAAUUACUGCUGUUAUUUUUGUCAUCAGCAUCUCUACUUUGAUUUGCUGGUUCUGGAUCAGGAUACAAGUUGAGCUGGUUUUGUCAUAAAACCUCUCUCUCUCUCUAAGCUGCAUCUGAAUCUGACUCUCAGUCUGCCGGUGGAAGUUUUGGAGCAAAGGAUGCAAGGGGGGGGUUUGAUUGGAUGCAGGUGCUGAAACAGUGUCAGGGUGUGGGUGGAGAUGGGAAGCCAUGGCCCAGGCUCGAAGGUCAGGGGUCAAGCAGGACAAUGAUUUUUUUUUAAAUCAAAGCUUGUUCAGAAUGAUUCGCAGAAAUACUCAGCUCUGUUGCUAAAUAAGAUCAAAACAUCAACUUUGCCAACAUGAUUAUCUUCGACUGAUCCUUCAGCUCUGUUACAGUCUGCAUACUCAUUUUACAGAGUCAAGAACGGCUUGUAUAACGAAGAUUUGAUGACCACUAUGAGAAAUAUGUAGGCCAGUGUCUUCCUUUUCUUUUUCCCAGUCUUCACUAAAGAAGCACUCAGAGCAUCGCAGUGUCUUUGGGUACAUUUACAGCCAAGUCACAGCCAGGCCUUCUCUUCCCCCCCUCCCUUAACCCCACCUACCCACCCGGAGAUAUUGUUUCUGCCUGGACAUCUGUCCAGCGUUGGCAGUUGCAGAUGUUGUUGACGGCUGUGAAGCCGGGAGGAAGUUCCAGCCACUCCAAAGUCCAAAUGUUUCUUUUUACAUUUCCCUUUUUUUGUCACAUCUGAAAGAAGAGGAGGCAUUCCUUUGAGAAUGAUAGGAACCACAUUUCUCUUUUCCUAAAGCACACAAAAAUCUGUCUUAUGUGUUCUUAAAGGAGUUUCUUGUGUUAUGGUGAUUCCACUGUGCUUUAAUUGCAGCGAGGGUGUAGCAGAAUCUUUAAAAAACAUCCUCAGACACAAACACACAUAAAUGCACUUCAAGCUGGUGACUCAUAGCAUCGUCCGAAGAACAGCUGAGUUUAACUGAGACCUCCUGUGCGCCUGGGAAUCAAUACCAGCUUGCACAAAAUAUGUGCGCUGUGGAAGCAGAUUUUCUUAAGGAUACAAAACCUUGAGUGCAACAAAGGAGAAAGAUGAAAACGAAGGGGCAUUAGCGUAUAUUUUUUACGGUCAUCUUUGUUCAUGUUUAAGUAGUUUCACGUGAAACAGAAAGAAGGAAAAGUACAAGAUAUAACUACCAGACAGGCGCAGGACAGGGCAAAGCCUUGUUGGUGCAUUUGUUUAUUGUUUUUUCAGUCGUAGCAGUCAUGGAUGUUUUUUGCAUCAAACUGCUGCUGUUGUUCAUUUUUCUGUCUCUUCUCCAUGUACUGAAUCCAUUACUGAAGGCAUUACAGCAUCAGCAAAAGAUUUAUUUUUUUCUUCCCCCUUUUCUCUCAAGGCCAUGGCAGCAAGCGAGCGAAGCCUGCAGAGAAUUUAAGAUGCUCUCGAUUGUUCUCUGCUCUUCUUGUCUUGCUGCUCUUUAAUCUUGCUCGUCUGCUCUGCUCUAUGGACCUCCAGCACGGUGGUGGGCAGCCAGUCAGUGCUGAUUAUUUAAGGAUUGCUAUUCAUCAAACCUCGAGGUCAGCAGUAGUUAAUACACUUACGAUCAGAUCGCGGCCCCUGUUCAUGACAUAUUGAGCUCACUAUGUCAAGUUUAAUAUACUAAGCUGCAUUUUCAGUGAGUCAUCCCAGCUCUCGGAUGAAAACUGAUGCAUUUAGACAAAACUGUGAAGGUUCUUAGUGUCGUGGGACUCAUCUGCUCCAAGAAAGCCUCCUCAGACAUUUCUCUUCCUUCGAUAUAGUGCCGUUCUUUGUUCUUAUGAUUUGGAUUUGUUGAUGAUUCAACCUCUCCCUCCAAAAUGCUUUCCCCAAAAUGCAAUUUUGUUUCUGCGUCAUUGCCAAACAGCUUGAUGAUGAUUGUAUCCAAUUAGCUAAAUGAGAUGUAAUUAUCAUCAGUACUCAGAGAAUCACUAAAAGUUGCUCAAUAGGGUUUUUGUAUGUACUUCCAGUCUCGGAGUAAUCAUAAACAACAAACCAAUAGUUUCUGCUAAUAUGAGAAAAUGAUCCUACAGGCCUGAUAUUAAUCCUCUGGGCACACUCUCUGGACGGUUUCGGUGCAGUGGUUGUGCAUCUUUUAGGUCUGGAUCUAGCUUUUGACUUUUUUGACUGAGUCGGUAUUUAAAGCCAAGCUUGACAUUAGCACGCCCCAAAAGUGAAGAUGAGAUGUUCUAACUAACUGAGUCGUGGGACAGGAUGUGGACUGCAGAAGUUCCUGUGUAAUCGCUGCAGAGAUCUCACACACCGUUCCAACUCUGUAAAUGCUUUUAUGAGCCUCUGUGUGCGGCUCCUCACAGCUGAGAAUGCAAACUGCUCUCAAACGGAGGUGGAGAAGCUAAUUGAAUAAGACAAGGGUUUACGGUAUCAAGUAUCAACCGUAGCAUCUCUUGAACUUGGGUAAUUAUACACUUAGAUACACAAGUUAGACAGCACCAACACAUAAUCGUGUUUGAGCUUACACACUCGCACACAGGCUGUCACAUUCACACGAAUGCAGACAGAUGAGCACUUGGCGGAAACCCAGAUUGAUCCCCAAAAAGAAACAAUGUGAUGAAGUGUGAGGAUGAGGAUGCAUCUCUAUAGGGGUGUGCCAUGAGGAUAUGCUGUAGCAGCUGGCUGUGCAUUUAUUAUUGCACUGUCAGUAGUGAGCUGACUGUUGACGUUGAUUAAUCCUCUGAGAGAAUGCAUAUGUCAAAGCUGCAUACUACAUGAAAUUGUUUGGCACUUCUUUUAAUGCGUCGAUAUCAGGGCGCUACUAGCUUAGACAUCUGCUCCGAGUCUUUGUGCUAAGCUAAGCCAAGCUAACUGACCACUGGUUUUAGCCUUGAGUUUAAGCCAUCAAGAUGGUUUUGAUUUUUCCCUCCGAUAAACGCUCAAAAGCAACUACGCAUGUUUUCCAGCUCAUCAAAUGAUUAUUUUUUUAACAGAGUGAUCGCUGGUAACACCAGUCCUUUCGGCUAACGCUCUAACUGGUGAGGAAUGCUUUAUGGGUGAUCAAACACUGAUUCAUUUAACCAAAGCUUAGCAGUCUUUUGGUUUCAAAGAGACUAGCUCACUUAGCCUCGAUCCAUGUCUGUUCUCAGAGUGCCCUGGUUUUCUGAUCGGGUGAGUCACGCAGACGUCUUACACUAAUAGCUUCCAUCGGCUCAGCCGGGCUUGGCGUGUUAUGGCGGUGAGGCGGCAGAUUUUGUGGUAAAACUGGCAAAGUGUCUUAGAUGAUGAAGCAAGCUGGUGGGUUAAUAGAGGGGGUGGGUUGACUGAACUUUUGGUGCCUGUCGCUAGCACAGAACUUCAAAGCAAAGGUUGGACUUGGAGACUCGAAGGCAAUGUGGGACUCUGGGAUUGAAAGGGUUAGGGGGCAACAAACAUCGUCUGUAAUUGUGGUUUGUGAGGGUUCGGGUUUUUCUGCAGGCUUGCAUAUUCUCCUUUAAAUUUUUGAAUGUCUGUGGAGCAUGCCCCUGCCAGUCCCGGCACUGAAUGCAGCUGGAAGACGGCUGAACUGGAGACCGAGACCUCACAUAACAUGGCAGGGAAAGCACACAAAGGCAACGCACAUGAAAUCUGCAAGACAGGAGAUACUGAGGGCUGUGUUCGAUUCGAGGCCAUGAAAACUGGCAAAAACAUAAAUGAGACCAUGCUGUCAGUUCAUGUCGGAAUGCCUUUUAUUUCAACCCCUCUCUUUAAGAACGUUUUUGUUGGAAAGCUUCCGGCCACAUUGGAGGUUAGAAGUGUUGUCUCUGACCUCUUCUCUGAUUAAAACAAACAUCCUCAAACAAAAAAAAACUCAGUGAAUGUUUCCUUCCAUUCGUCUUUUUCUGUGUCCGUGUUGACAGGAUGAUUGUAUGUUAAUUUGAAUGUCUGUUGUCACAUGGGAAUUAUGCCAUUCAAAUUAACAGCAGUGCUCCACUACUCCCAGAGCAUGUGUGUGAGCCACUUGUAUACAAACACACACACACACACACACACACACACACACACACACACACACACACACACACACACACACACACACACACACACACAAACGUUGUCCUCUCUGUGUUAGUGGUCUCAGUCUAUCUAUAGGAAAGGCCUCGACGGGCCAUAGGAAUACCCCAUGACACACCAGCUGCCCGUGCUGCUCUGUAAUUAGUGCGUUGAAACCUCAGAGCUCUGAUGUCGCCUGGCCGACUUUCAAUGCCCCCCCCCCCCCCCCCCAUGAAUCACUCACAUAUCUCUGCCAGUUGCUUUUUUUAAUAACUUUGUCAAAAAUGACUUACAUGAAACGAAUCCUGAUAAAAAUGAAUCUUAACAAGCACGCCGCGUUAUAGAGCCCAGGAAAAGAAAACUUGUAAAAAAUAUAAUUGAAUUGAACGAACUAUAAAGUUUCUCUCCAACAUGAUGUAAAAACAGAAUGCAGUAAGAGAAGGAGUGAGAGCGGCAGGACAGAAAUGUUUAUUUACUCCACUCAGAUACCCCUGCAUGACUUUUUCUUUCCCCUGAAGUCUCUUGGUAUGUUUGUUUGAUACUGACUUGUACACACAUUGAUUGCUGUAAUCAACAAAGGAACAUAAACACAUGAAAUAAGACAUAAAUGAGGCCUUCUGUGGUUUGCUUUUAUUUGGCUCAUGUUUCCAGUGGUGAGUGCUUAGAUCAUUGAAGGGCCGAUCAGGUUAUUGCUUUAUAAGUCUUGGGUAAGCUAAUGACAAGGAUGUUUCACACUUUUUUUUUUUUUAAGAGAUUGAUGCUCAUGAUGAUAAAAUGAGUCUGUUAACAAAGGUUUGGGCUGACUUUAUUUCUGUUUACUCCCUCCUUGUAGGUGCUGCGUGGAGCUCAGCUCAUAGCUGUGGCGUCAGCUGAUGGCGGGGCUACAGCAGUUGAAGGCUCUCCCCUCCCCCCUGACAUCCAAGUGCAGUAUGUCCAACUAGCUCCUGUUGCAGAUCAUGCAGCUGCAGUACAGGUAACACAACACACAAAAGAUCAGAAACACACAUUUUUACACAUGUACACAGAGAUAUUUUUGUUUGUUCUCCACAGGCAGCUAUCAUCUGAGAUGAAACAGAUGAAAUCGAAGUCAGUCCAGCUUAGACGAUUCUGUUUUGAAUCGUCUACAAUGAAAAAAUGUGUUUCCCAUCUCUUUCCCAUUCUAAAUCUGAAAAUACAGCCAGUGACAGUCUUUGACAGAUAUGAUUAAUCUGUACUCAGCGCUUUGCCAGAAGAAACAAAUCUCAGCAUUUUCAAUACUUAGAGAUAAUAACUGUAAACUAGAAUCAAAGUUGUGUGUUUCUAAUUAAGAAAAUCUCUUUAGAAUUCAUUUGUUCCUAGAAAUUAUUUGGUGAAAAACAUCACAGGAAGUUAGCACACGUAAUAACGAAGUGUUUCUUUGAAUGCAGCUUCAGUUUACCUCGAGUUUUUCCCCUGAAAUCUUUAUAAUGCCAAGGAUGAGGUUAUGGCCUCUCUGCUACUAAUAACUCAGUCUAGUAUCACACUUGUCAGUUUAUGUGAGCUUGCUUUGUCAAACGUAACUUAACACAGUCCUCCUGCUGGCCUCUCGGUUCAUGGUAAUGGUGCCUGUCGGGGCCACACAAUAACAUUUACAUAACUGUCAAUACCAAAUGCUUUGUCAUCCCAAACAAAUUAGUAAACAAAUGAAUAACACAGCUACACCUUUUGCUCGGACAACAAUUCAAACACAAAAUUAAUUCAGUACAAACAGAGACUGGCUGAAAGUGUCCAUCAAAGCUCAUCCCUGUUACUCGGUCUUUAACUCAUUGUUUAACUUUGAAAAAAAAAAAUUGAUAGACUUUUUUUUUAAAAGAAACUUUGUCCCAAUAUUUAGAUCAAUCAAUCUUUAUUUUUUAUAGCACCAAAUCACAAUAACCGUUAUCCCGUUAUAGACGCUUUGCACCCAUCUCAAACCAACAUGAGCCAAGCACUUGCAGUAUUUAUAAGUUACACCUGAGAGGAUAAACUUCCAUUAACAAGCAGAAACCUUAAGCAGAACUGGAUUCAUGUCAGACAGUCAUCUGCUGUUACUGCACUAGAUUUAGAGAAGGGAUAGAGGGAGAUGCAGAAAGAGAGAGAUGGACAGAGGUGAGAGUGAUACAGGUCGCUGUAGCAGCUAGAAAUCCUGUUCCAUUAUAUUAUACCUGUUAUAGUGGUGAAAUAGAGAUUUUACCCUAAAGAGAUACCUUCAUAGCAAUAUGUUUGUGUGUAAUAUCCUCACAGCUUUCAGUCAUUCUAAAGGACCCACAGUAACUCAACAUAAUGAGUUGGAAUGAAUGCAGUGUUAGAGGUAAAAGAGGACUAAGAUAUACCUUAAACCCGGCGAUGCUUGAGCUUGUUAGGAAACAGCCACAUGUGGAAUCAGGAUGGUGCGCAGACUCACAGCACAGCAGGCUUUGAAGUGGUGAGGUUAACUCUGUAAAGAAUAGAAAAGAGCUGAACAUUACCAUUGUUCUCCCUGCUUUCUGUUGAAGAUUUGAUCCUUUUACUUCUCCCCCCUCAAGUCCAAAUUUUCUCCACGUGAACCCUGAUGUUAGUGGAGUCUUUGUUGUGUUGUUAUUGAAGAAACAAAGGAGAACUUCAGUUGCAUAAUGGCUGCUAAUACCAGCCAUGUCCUGCUAUAGAUCCCUUUGUAGUAGUAGGGGUGACCAUGUUUGCUUCCCUUUGAAACAAGUGGAGGGUAAAGACAUGGAUGAGCCGUGCGGUUGAUUUGGUUCUCUUGUCUUUUAUUGUCAGUGGUUGUCCAGGUAAUUGUUUUUUUUCCUCUGCGAGCCUCAAGGUAAUUAAAGCUUCCUGUCUUCAUUAAUGCUGUUGCAUGUAGAGAAAGGAAUGGUUUCACACCAAAAUGCUCUUUGUUUAUGUAUUUACAGGCGUACAAAAUGGUUUGCACACCAUGCUGUGUAUUACAAAUGCCUGUGCUCCAUGUUGCUUGGCACAGCGAGCAAUCAAAACGCUUGUUUACUUCAACUGAUUUGUUUGAAGUGAUUUUUGAGUCUUAAAAGAGGUCAUUUUUUCCUGUUGUUUGAUUGCACACAGACUUGAACAAAACUCAGCAAAGCUGGCCCAACGGCUGACCAGCCAUCUUUGGGUUCAGUGAGGGCAUGUGGACAGGAAAAGUGUUGUGCUGCUUGUAAAACAAACAAUAAAAUUUCUGUUAAAAAGAAAAAAAAAAAGUAAUGGUCAAAGAUACAAUAAUAAUCCACCUUGUAAUAACUGAUGACAGCACUUGCACGAAGAGGACAGAGAACAGAAAGAAUCUGCACUCACAAAGUCAAUGAGUCCAAAUCAGAGAAAAGAUAGUAGGCCUGUCUGGUGAAGGAUGGGUUGUUUAGCUGUGUUUAGCUGUGUUUUAGUGUCCUGGGAUGUAAAUAAAGCUGACUUUAAAGUUCAGAGUUCACAGAAAGGUUAGCGCUGUUCUUUUUCUGUCUUUCUGAAAAGUGUUGAAUCGAGGGAAUUACUCUCAUCCGUCUCCAGACAUGUGGAAGCGUUUAUACGAAUUCUUGAAAAAUUACUUAGGCUUUAGUAUUUAUUUAUCUCUGCAUUUUUCCUUUCUCUUUAUUUAAUGGUUUCCAUUACGCACAGUAGAUAAAGCUGGGGUUAACACAAAGACAUUUUUGCAUUUCAGAUGCCACUUGUGCAUGCUUGUGAUGAAUUUUGUGGCUUGUUUUUCCAUGCACUAUGACUCUGCUGAGCUCUGGCCUAAACUCUGGACCAAUGCUUGAUGUGAGCAGUCUUUAAACAGAAAAACCAGACCAGGUUUUGCUGCAAAAAAGUCAAGGCAAAAGAACAUUUAUCUUCCAUUGCUGACAAAUGAGAGCAAGGCUGGUCAUGUGUGCUUUAUAAUCUUGAUUAAAAGGUUAAUGUUAGUUUUAGUGUGCCUUUUAUUUAUUUUUUACCACCAGUGGUUACAGUGUGUCAGCCUCAUGUGUUGUUUUUGUGUUUAUGCUGCUGUGGUGCAGCUGUGAACCACUCACUGCUAUUGUCUAGUGACAGCAUGCUGGGUCGGAGGGAGGAUUAAAUGCUGCAGGUGUGUUUGAGGGAACCUUUGGUGUACACUCGAGGAAGGAGUGAGUCACUACUCAUGGUCAUCAUCCAGGACUGAGUCAUGAACUUCUCUCAUCUCUUAAGAGUUCUUUAGCCACAAAAAACUCACUCUGUCUGACAUGAGCUGUAGCGACAGUCAGAAGGCAUUGAAACACAAAAACCCAUCACUUGGGAUAUCUCUUGUCACCUGUCAUCCUGUUUUUUUUUAAGUCAUUGCUCAUUCCUAAUCUCUCUGUCAUCUCUCUCCUCUGAUCUCUAUUGUCGAGUCACUCCUCCUUACGAAAAACACCACAGAGUUUAAGCAAGGUCCAAAUAUACCGAAGCAGUUACAUCUUAACAUUUAGUAUAGAUUUUGUGAUAGGUAAAUGCAAGCACCACAAAAGUAUUGUGUUAAACUUCACUGAGUUUUUACUGCAGUUUGGUGUACCUACAACUUCUGUCCUGUUUCUCUACAGCCUUCUUCAGUCACCAUGCACUGCCUCUAUCGUGCACGACAUCAGCUAUCCUGCUGCAAACUGCUUUUCUGAAUCAGGAACCCUCUCACUCUCUCUCUCUCGUUUGGCUCUGCUUAAUUUUCCUACCUAACAUCUCAGUGUUUUUCCUGUGUUCCAGGCUGCUGAGCUAGCUCCAGCCCUGCAGGCAGACAUGGAAGUGAAAGAGGCCAUCCAGGGUGCCAUCCAGGGCGAGAAUGGUGAGGUGGUCCAGAUUGUCACAUCUGUGGCCACCUGAGAACUGGGUCUUGUUCAACAAGUUGAGCCUCCUAUGCUACUGCAUCUGGUAACCAAUCUUGAUAGAACAUCAAGAGAUCAAACGGCUCACAGUCUGAAAAGUUGUCAAGUUGGAACAACUCGCCACAAACAGCCGAUGAAAUACAGGGAAGAAGCUUAUUUUGUUUUGUUUUCCUCAACAAACUGCUCAAUUUGUUGCCAACCAGAUGUCACCGUGUGGAAAUGUUCAACGCAAACUUGAAAAGAUCCUGAUAGGCCAAAAUCAGCCGUGGUUUUUCUGUUGUUUUCAUCACCAGGAGGACCUGGAUCUCUAAAGAAUACGCAGUGGGAUUAUAAUCUAUCCAGGGAGGAUGCUGCUUAUGCAGACCAUCAGCCUGCCACUUCAUCAGCAGAGACGCUUGUUUACAUCAACCUUGGAAAACAGUGGAGUUAUUUGGGGUUAAGCUCCUUGGCUAACUCCCUAAAAACCCCAUGAGGGUCUUCAAAGCCCCUGUGUCCCACCUUAAACAACCAUUACUGUGCUCCAUCUUUCCUGUCCUUCUUGUCACGAUGAACUGCAGUGGAAAGUAGUUUUAGCUCAGUCCAGCUACCCUUGUUUUUGGAUCAAUCUGAUUCCCUGUCACUCUGUGAUUCAGUCCAUACUAUGUCUUUAGGCUGUGAUCUCUGCCUUUUUUUACUUUCCUCAUCUCUUUCCACACAGAUUUGUUUAUUUGUCUGAUUUAUAUAAUUGUAUCAUAUAAAAAUAUUUGGAGGGCUUUAUUUUGGAGGUAGAAGACCAUGAAAAUAGAAGAGAUGGUGCCAGUGGUAGACAGCACAAGUUGCUUGUAGAAUUCCAGGGAAACCCUGAAGUUGUUUAUUUCCCGUUUUGUGUCUGUGGAAGAUACAUUUAUGCGAAUAAAACAUGUUUGUGGUGGCAAUAAAAGUGGGUUUUAAUUUUUUUUUUCUGCCUGUCCUCUGUGUUUCCAGCAGCCGUGGUUGUCAAGAUGGCUUCAAAGACUUCCAAGACAAGAGUUUUCUUUCAUCCAUGACAAAAACAGACAAUUGUUGAGUGCGUGAAAGGCUAUUUUGGUUUUUGAGGUCUUGUUUAAUGUCGAGCUUAUUUAUUUACUCUUUGUCAAGUAAAUAUGUAUUAUGUCAACUUCACUUACCAUAGGAUUAGACUACUGUAAUGUCACCAGUGCCGCCACAAAAGCAGAGGAAAAUAACAGUUUAUUGGUUCACAACAAGGUUUUGGCCAAAGAUGUAUUUGUUGUUCUUGAAGGUUGUUAUCUACAAUUAAAAGCCUUCAAGUGCACUCCGCUCGCUGCAUGAUCAUCCUUGUUUUUUGAGUAAAUGCAAAAAGAAUGUGUGUUGUGUUAGGAUGAUGUCCACUUGAUGAAUUUCUCUGCAGUUGACAAUUAAAUGAGAUAAGUGAGAUAUUCUGCGGCUGUGUGUUGGCUUGGAGAAGUUUCCCAUGCUCGGUGUGAUGUAAUCGUGUAUUCUGGAGUCGGGGAAACAACCAGGCGACAAACUGAACUUGAUAAAAACAACAUCCACAGUC